ACCGAAGAGUACGCCUCGCACCUCCUGCUCGGCAUGGCCAAGGACACGGAGGUCUUCGCCUUUGUCAAGAGCAAGUGCUGGCACCCAGGGGGCGGCCACGUCUGCACCAAGGCGGGCCACUCCUGCGUCCGUCGCGUCGUGGACAUGGCGGGCACCCCGUUCGCGAAGAGCUGGAGGACCAUGGGGCGGGCCGUGCGUGCGGUCGUGGCUGGCACGGGCCGCUCCAGAGAAGUCUUCAGCAUGGACGACGUCGUCCCCGCGCUGAGGGAGACCCUGAGCCACCUCACUCCCCCUGAACGUGCCGUCACUGACGAGGGGAGCUGCGGGUGGCCUUGUGAGUGCUGCGGGGCCGAGUUGGAUGGCCUAUCGUGUGCAGCCGUAGACGUAGAUCAGGCUUUCGAGGCAUGCAAAGGUGAGUCGGUCAUGAGUGC